ACGUUACAAAAACAAACUCUCCAAAUACUUUUAAUUUAGAAUUGAAGUAAAUCACACUAACAUUUUGUUUUAAAACUUUAGUAAUUCGACAUUAAUUAAUAACUAAAGCAAGCUAUGGAUUUAAGUGCGUAUAGUUUGCAAAAGUUAAAUCGGGAAAAGCGUGAAAGGCAACCAAAUUGGACGGAGUCUGAGAAGCAGAUGCUAUUGUCUCUGACGCGUAUACAUCAGUCAAUAUUGGAAAAUAAAAGUAGUGAUACAAUGACCAUUAAACGAAAAUCAGAAGCAUGGGAUGAAAUUGGCAUGAGAAUGAAAGCGGCUGGCUUUAAUCGGUCCAAGGAGCGACUUAAGCAACAGCUGGGAAGGAUACGUGCGGCGGAGGCUAAGAAAAUUAAAGAUGCAAUCGAAAGAAAUUUAGCAAGAGAACACGGCAAAAGUGUAAAUAUUUCCACUAAUAUAACAAUUGAGAAAAAUACUAGUUCCCAAAUGACCGCAUAUAUUAAUGGUGAUGAAUAUGAUGCUGAGAUCCAACACAUAUCAACUAAAUCAACUUCUUUACCAGUGCAUGUGUUAUUACCAGAACAACAUUGCAUUAAAACAGAAAAUACACCAUCAAUUGAAGAUAAUGAAUGUUCUGGAGAAGAGCAACUGAAGAAUACCAAAACAAAUGUAAGUAAUUGUACAAUAUUGAAUACUUUCAAGGAUAACAGCAAUGAAAAUGACAGCAAAGUUGUGGACAAUAUGCAUUUCAUGUUACAAACUGUCCAAUCUUUAGCGGAAAAAAAUUGUAAUGUUAAUACAGAUAUUAUAACUAAUGGGGGUAUAAUUGAAGCGAAAGCGGCUAACGCUAUAGACGUUACAAGCACAAUAUUAUGUCCAACAGCCUCAUCUAACAUUAAUAACUCUUCAAUAAAUUUAAAAGAUAACCAUAUUAUUAGCCGCAGUGGAAAUGAAGAAAACACCACUUCUUGUAAUUCAGCAGCGCCAAAAAAGCGUCGAUUACGCUGCUCACGUUCAAGACCCACGCGUACUUCGUUUACGCGCGAUCAAGGUUUACGACAAUUGUAUAUGUAUCGCGUAGCAGUUGAGCGCGAACGUUUACGUAGCUUGAAGCUACAACAGAAACGUGACCGAAUUCUAUAUCGUAAAGAUGUUGAAAUACAAAAUUUAAAAUUGCAAAUACUGCGCAAUCUUACCAAUCAGAAUCGCGAUUCGAAUCGCAUUAAUUUGUAAAUAAACUCUUGUAUAUUUAAUCGUAUUUUAAACAUUUGUGUCU